AUGGCCCUGGAUCCCGCCGUCGAGCCCUUCGUUCCCACCAUGUCGCCGCCCAAGAGUCCGCGUGCGGAGCGCGCCGCCAAGGUCAUCACAAAGCGCACCUACGGUCCUGAAGACGGUUACAGCUUCAGAGUCGAAGAAACCUUCAUCCAGCGCCGUAUCAAGACUCCCCCUCCACCUGUUGUCAGAAAGGGUCCGCGCCCCGCGCCUCCUCAUCUCCGUUUCCUCAAGAACACCAGCACCCAGGAGAUGAAGACCGACGCUGGCAGUAUCAAAGACCCCGCCAAGCCCAACAAUACCAGCGACACAUCUCCUCUGCAGACAACCACCGGCAACCUUCACGCCAUGACCGAAUGCGCAAAAGAUCCUUCGCCUUCCGCCAUGACCAACAACGCAAAGACUUCUUCGCCCCUCCGCGCCAACACUGCUCCCAACCAACCCAAGGACCGCUCUGCCACCGCAGCCACGACUUGCACUAUCCCCACUCCUCGCUACUCCUCAGAUCCUGACGGCGGCGUUGAGCUCCCCCCUCACAUCGACACAGCCAACGCUCGCGGCAUCGUCUUCGGCGGCGAAGUCGACGACGACAAGGGAGACAACUGCAACGACCGUCCUGAAGCCGACGCUCUCCUCGAAGCUACCAAUCAAGUCACCUCCGAAGGCUGUGACUCGGAUCCUUUGGUCUCGGCCUUGGAUUGCUGCAACUCGAGCUGA